AUGUCUCUCCCUUCAUCUGACCAGGAGAAACAUCGGCCAUCUGUUGCAGAAAACAUUGAUCUUCACCAUGAGCCGAUAAAACAACAAUUCGACUUGGAUCCAGCAGAUGUCGCUGCUCAUGCUCCGUUGCUGCGUGGUCGUAAGCUAACGGCUGCAGUGGCGUUUGUGGCAGGAACCGGGUUCACACUCUUUGGGUAUGAUCAAGGUGUCAUGUCGUCACUAAUUACAGGAAAUCAGUUUGAGGGCACCUUCCCUGAAGUCGUAGUGGAGGCCAGUCACCCUGAUCACGCCACUCUUCAGAGCUUCAUAAUCGCCAUUUACGAAGUAGGCUGUCUCUUUGGUGCCCUGUCCAAUCUUUGGGUGGGAGACAAGCUCGGUCGUCGAAGCCCGUUAAGAGCACGGGCUGAGUUCCUUACAGGGGCAAUUCUGCAAACUACUGCGUUUUCUUUUUCACCCUUGAUUUUUGCUCGUAUCUUUACAGGCUACGGAAACGGCCUGAUAGUCAGUGAUGUGCCAACUUGUGCCCAAAGUCCUGCUGAAAACAAGUUUGUAGACAUCGACAGUGCCAAUAUAUCACGCGGAGCUCUCCCCAUCCGCAAAGAGGGGCCGAAUGAUAAUGAUGGAGGGGACUUUGAUUGUGGCUGGAGUAACCAUUGCUUAUGUUUAGUUGAUUUAGCGCUAUUCUUCGUGAAUUGGUCGUCUGCUCAGUGGAGAGUUCCGAUAGCACUGCAGUUGGUGUUUGAAAUCAUUAUGGUGACAUGCAUCGGAUUCCUUCCCGAGUCACCGAGGUGGUUGGUGAAGCGUGGUCGCAAUGCUGAAGCAAUGGCCGUUAUAUCCGCAAUGGAAGACAAAGCUCCCGCCGAUCCGGAAGUUCAGCGCACGUACUACGGUAUUCGUGAAGCUGUUGCUGUCGAAACAUCUAGUCAAGGUUCACUGCGUGAACUCACUACUGGGGGUCGCAGCCAAAAUUUCAGACGAACAGUCAUUGCUGUAGUAUUUAUGAUUAUGCAGCAGCUGACCGGCAUCAACCUCGUUACUUUUUAUGCUACUAUUUUGUUCCAGCGUCUUGGUCUCUCCGAUGUCAACGCACGGAUUACCGCUGCUGCCAACGGCACAGAAUAUUUCCUUGCUUCCAUUGCUGCUUAUUAUGCCAUAGACUAUGUAGGCAGACGCCAACUCAUGCUGAUUGGAGCCAUCGGUCAAUGCAUCGUGAUGCUGCUCUUGGCUGUAUUAGGAUAUAUUGGCAAUACACCAGCGCAGAUCGUGAGCGUAGUUCUCUUAUUCGGCUUUAACACGUUCUUUGCUUUUGGAUGGCUUGGCUUGGCCUGGUUAUACUGCGCUGAGAUUGCCGGGCUUAGAACUCGAGCGCCGACAAAUGCGCUAAGCACGGCGUCAAACUGGACUUUCAACUUUGUCGUGGUGAUGAUUGUUGGUCCAGCAUUCAACAAUAUCUCCUGGCGAACCUACAUCGUCUUCGCGGCCCUGAACGCAACCAUUGUUCCAGUUGUUUACUUUUUCUUCCCCGAAACUGGCGGUCGGUCUUUAGAAGACCUCGACGUUGUGUUUGCGUUGGCGUACAUAACUGGUGAAGAUCCAGUCAAAGUCUCACUUCGGAAAGACGUCCCGCUUGCUGGAUCGCAAGAGGCGGAUGAGAUUCUUGGAGUCAGCCCAGGCGUUCAAUAUCACCCUACGGAAAAGCCUCCGAUGCCAUCCUCUUCACCUGGAAAAGCCAGAACACCGGUGUAG